GCAUGUCAAUGUCACCUAUGUCCGCCAUACCGUCUUAAUAAGACCGCACGGCUACAAUAGCUUCGGAGACGAGCGCGCGCGCGUGGUGCGCACAGUGCAUAUCGCAGGAACGAGACACCGACUUUCACCGUCCGGUAUAAAAGUCACACCGAGCUCGAGCCAGCGACUGCUACAGAGAGACGAAAAUGGCUGAGGACAUUAAGGCCAAACUUGAGAAUUAUCACACGGCUCCCUUUGAUACCAGAUUCCCCAACCAGAACCAGACCAAGAACUGCUGGGUCAACUACGUGGACUACCACCGCUGCCAGAACGCGCUGACUGCUAAAGGAGCAGACACCACCCCUUGCGAAUGGUACAGGAGGGUCUACACUUCACUCUGCCCUAUGGCCUGGGUCCAGAAAUGGGAUGAGCAGAGAGAAGAGGGAACCUUUGCAGGAAAAAUCUAAGCCUGCAAUCUCCAAAGCUGUUGGACUGCAAAGAUGUGAUCUUUUCAGAUAAAUGCUUGUAUAAGUGGUGGGAGACCACAUGGCUCCUUCUGUACCUUUGCACUACUGACGCUUUGUGCUGGGAUCACACUGGAACUGACCAGUCAUUCCUUACAAAUAUAGUGAAAUGUAUAGCGGAUUCUGCAUUAAAAUAUCUCAGGAUAU